AUGUCACCGCUUACGGCUCGUGCGGAACAGCUCCUCGCGAACCCGUACUCAUCAACAGAAGACCUUGUUCAGUUACAACAAGAUUUGCUGGCACUGGAAGGCGACAUCAUGCACUGGGAUACUGAUCGCCCAUCUUCAUGGGCUCCCGAACUUGUCGGCCACGUUCCAGGGGAGACUAUAGAUGAUUCUUCAUAUCGCUGCUCAGGGCCUGUGUAUAAGUAUUUGGACCAAUACGUCGCUGCUGCUUGGACAUCUUGGAGGUCGAUAUGCAUUCUCUAUCUCGAUCAUCUUAGUUGUCUUGCUCAGGCUCUUGGCCAGGAGAUUGUGGAUGAUCACCAUGCCAGGAUACAUCAUUUAACCGCCGAACUAAAAGCGUCCAUUCCGUACCAUCUCUCAAGAGACCUUAGGAUGGCCUUCAGUGAUGCAGACUUCUGCAGUAUCUUUUAUGGACGUGCUUGA